CUUUCUUAGAGGCUAGAUCCUUCUAGAAGCAGCAGAAGUUCUUGAAAGUCUGCUCAGUGCUGAAUACAUCCGCAUCAUGGCGUCCGCCAUGGCAUUGCUGCCUUCCUUCCUCCAAAUCUUUCCCGCAAAAAAUUGCAUCAUUGUUCAAGCAAUAUGGCCAGCUCACAGCUCUCCAGCUUCUUGCGGCGCACCGCUCCCCUCGCCCGCGCCGUCUGCUCCACAAGCUCUACGCACCUGCCCGGCGCGAGCACAACUCAAGUAGCUCUUGGCAGGCCUGUGAUUUCGGAAACCGCCACACGGGUGGCGCGCUGCUUCGGCACUGCAAUUAAUGAUGCCACCAAGGGUCCUGGUGAUGUUGGACAAAGAUCAGGGGUUGGUGGUUCUGAGGGCCACUCUGACGUGGCUGUCAAAGGGGAUCGGGAUUCAGAUGCUCAGCGCAGGGACCAGGACAGGGGCCAGGGGUAUGGCAUUGGAAGGGGACGGCUAAGCCCAUUCUCGUUUGAUAUGGGCCCGCUCUUCUCGGCGCGCGGGGACCGCGACCUGCUUAACAUGAUGGAUAACUUCUUCCUCACCCCCAGCCGCUUUUUCGACCAGGCGAUGCGCGACAUUCUCCCGUCGCUGCCCGUCGAGCCACCGCAGCUCGACAUCAAUGAAAGCGACAAGCAGUACACCAUUAAGCUGCAGCUCCCCGGUCUGAAGAAGGAUGAGGUGCAGAUUACGGUGGAAGAUACGGACGAGCCGAUGCUGCGCAUCACUGCGCACCACGAGGCCCAGGAGGGCGACGACCAACGCUUCUGGCAGGAUGUCGACACGCGCCUGCGGCUGCCGGACGAGACCAACGCAGACGACGUGCAGGCGGAGUUCAAAGACGGCGUGCUGUCCAUUCGCGUCCCAAAGAAAGAGGCACCAAAGAAGCCGGAGCCGAAGAAAAUCCCAAUUCAGGGCUGAUAGACCAAUAGGCGCUUAAACUGAUAAUAGUAGGAUAAUGAAUAGUGCAUGUAGAUUCAUUAUAGAGACAGUAUAUAGUCUUUCAAAUCGAGACGGGUGUAAGUGUAGGUCGGGCAUGUCCGGCAAAGAUACCCAGGAUGUGUACAAAAGUUAAGCAGAGUAUCGGUUCCCCAUAGAUGGGCGAUGAAAAACAGUAUAGUGCAGGCAAUGCAAUACUUCCGUAGCUGCGUCGGUUUUGCAGUGCGACGCUGUCAGUUUAACAGGUUUGAAACAGCUGCCACCAAAGACGUGGAUCAAAAGGCUUUGUCACACAAACCUUUUGGAUGGUAAUCAAGAUUCAUUAAAGAUUCCGCAUAAUGUCUUAACAGACAAGUUCUGGGGGCGA